UGCACUUGAAUGCAGCAUUGAAAUCGUACCUCUAGGAUGUUGUUUUGAUUGCGGUACAUCUGUGCGCGUAAGGAAGCCUUUUCAGCCGGUGAUGCUUCUCUACCUGUGUACACUUACCUGGCAGCAGGGAAGCCAGGCAAUAAACGGGGGAAACUUCUGCAAGUCUUGUCUUAAUAUUAUGUGACAUUAGAUACAUCAAAUCAGGGCCUUAUCACCUCAGAAGUGAACCAUCCAACUCUAAAACAAGACUUUUCUAACCAGCCAACCAGGACCUUCCUCCACUUUGACUCGUUGUUCUCCUUGACCACCCCCCAAGUUGUCUCUUUUUUUGUGUCUCUGGGCUUCCUGUCCCUUCUUGCUGCCAAGCUGGAUUUCCUGCAGAUGAAACAUCUGAAGAGGAAAAGGAAGAGCAACUACAGUGUGAGAGAAACACAGACUCUCAUCAGGGAGAUCCACAAGCGGACGGACGUGUUGUUCUCCAGACAGCAGAACACAGCCAUUAAUGAGCUGAAGAGACAGGCAUGGGAGGAAGUGGCACGAGGUGUUAAUUCUCUGGGAGAGGGAGAGCUACGCACUGCUGCUGAAGUGAAGCGUCGUUACCUGGACUGGCGUGCACUGAUGAAGAGAAAACAGCUUCGGGCUGAGCUCUCUCUCUCCUCCUCCUCAUCCUCAUCUGUGGCCCUGAAGACUGAGUAUGAUCAGUCCUCCCCUGAGCAUGAGACGGCUUCUCUGGGAUCUGGGUGUGACCAGCUGCUUGACCUCUCAGGCCUCUCAAAGGAUUGUCACUGCGACUGGCCAGAGCUGGCGGCUCUCGGUGAGCCGAGCGGGCAGGCCAUGAUGGCACCGCUGGGUGUGAAGAUGGAGGAUGAUGUCAGUGAAUACAGACUGGAUGGUGAUGGUGAUAUGGGACACAGAGAAAUAGAUGAAGAUGAUAUUCCUUCCCUCCUCAGUGACAUUGUGUCACGUGGUGAAGGGCAUGUUGGUGAUGUUUACUCCCACAACGACUUGGGCAUCCUCAGCUCCUCCAAGGCUCCGACGUCCACUACCAACCGAGACGUGCCACUGGCUGGUGGCCUGAUGGGGAUACCAGCCCAAGCUCUGGGUGGACUAAAUAAUCAUGAAAACAUGGGGGCAGGGUUUCGUGUUGCUGUUGAGAAACAGCGAUUGGAGCUGGAAAAACAGCGCCUGGCUGUGGAAACUGAACGUCUGGCAGUGGAGAAAGAGCGGCUGGUGGUGGAGAAGGAGCGACUUCGUCAAAUGGAGGUAGAGAGGGAACGGCUGCAGCUAGAGAGAGAGAGGUUACAGGUCGAGAGGGAGAGGCUGAGGCUUCUGCUCCUCAGCCAAUCAGAGCGCGUGGACUCCUCAUUUGACCUGCCGCCGCAACAAGGUCAUCCUUCGUUCUCCACAUCAUCUUUAUCCUCCACUCAUGUUGGACAGAGGGAGAGAGAAAAAGAAAGUAAAGUCUGGAUGCCAAUGGUGGAUCUGGAGACAGAAAGGCUAAAACUAGAGAAGGAGAGACUGCAACUGGAAAAAGAGAGGCUGCAGUUUUUCAAAUUCGAGGCGGGCAGACUGCAGAUUGAGAGAGAACGCCUCCAAGUGGAGAAAGAGAGAAUGCAGCUGCAUCAGGGCCACUGAGAAAAAAGACUGAUAAGAGAUAGAGGAAAAGAUGCAUACAUUCAUUUUUCACCAGCAUCAGGGGAACUUUAAUAUUGAAAACAACCCAGAAUGUGUGAGUUUGCAUCAGCCGUUACUCCCCUUUCAUCUUCCACACACAUAUCCCUAAGGAAGCUGUUUGGGACUUGUAAAUUAUUAUUACUGACUGGAAUGUUGAACUGCUACAAACUACUAAUUUUUUCUAUUUUUGUUAUUGCCACUCUUCAUUCUAACCCCAACCGGCCCGUCAGACACCGCCUACCAAGAGCCUGGGUCUGACCGAGGUUUCUGCCUAAAAGGAAGUUUUUCCUCGCCACUGUCGCACUGUUGCUUGCUCUGGAGGAAACUACUAGAACUGUUGGGUCCUUGUAAAUUCUGGAGUGUGGUCUAUCUGUAAAGUGUCUUGAGAUAACUCUUGUUAUGAAUUGAUACUAUAAAUAAAAUUGAAUUGAAUUGAAUUGAAUGUUGUCACUAAGAUGGAGGUCGGGCAUAUUUAUGACCACCAUGAUAAAGCAGUGCCUUAUGAUGUCUUCAUAUGGGUGACAGGACAGAAAAGGUGCCGUCAAGAUAAAAUCUAUUGGCAUAUGCAGCUGGUUGGCCCUAAGCAUAUUUGAUUUAUAAAAUGUUCAGUACCUCAUCCAAAUACACAAUGCUCAAAAUGUGCGGUUUAAAACAUCAGAUGCUGGGAUAUCAAUUGAACACAUGCAUACUAGACAUAAUAAUUUAUAAUGGUAUAUAUGAAAGAAUGGAAUUGGGAUGUCUUACUCUCCAUCUAUGCACCCAACCAGUGCCAACUUAUCUACUGCAUGUGUGCUUGUCUGUAUGCAUUAGCUUCCAACAUUAAAAAAAGAAUGCACACAAUUACUUGUUACGGAGCGUUUUUUAUACUAUUUUUGUUUUACAGUCAAGUGCUUGUGUUAAAACAUUGUCUCUUAUAACUUUGUACAUUCGUCCACCUAUUUUAAUUUGUCAUAGCAUGAAAUGCACAGGUGUUACUAAUACCAUUGGUCUGUUCUAUUUACAUGUCCCAGUAAGCCAUGACAGAGUGACAUUGAGCCAGCAUGUCAAUUCAGUCAAUCAUUAAUUUGAAUAUUUAUACUUGUGUGUGUCCUACUGUGACAUGUCAAAAUGUUCCAUGAAAUAAGGUGUACUAAGAUUUGAUGUUUUCUCCAUUAAGAUUUGUGGACUUAGAAAAGAGCUUGGACAUCUGUGAUGAGCAGCUACUGGAAGUUGGGGUGUGCAUGCUAGACGAUGAAAGUAAAAUAUUCCUUUAAUGGCUAUUUGCUUCAGUUCUGUUGUGCUAUGUAUAUACUCUAGUAUGUUAUGUUAUAUAGUGUUACUGGCUGCUAAAAAUUGCAACUGUAUACUGAAGGUUAUGUCAUUCAACACAUCCAACCAUGCCUUUUUAUUAUGUUGUAAAUAAUCACCUCUUUUUAAUGUUUGUCCUGAGUUACCACUAAUUUAUAAAUUUGCUCAGCAGCCCUAUAUUAUUAUUUCCUCAUAUUAUAAUUCUAUCUAUGAUAUGCAUAUAUUUGUAUGCUAUUUAACUGUUUUUUAAUGAUUUCUUACUUCGUCCAUACUUCCAUGUUGAUACAUUUUUUAAAUAAAGCUUGUUGAAAAAAGAAAUGUGACCUCCAGACAAAC